AUGGCCGCGGGCGAGGGGCCUCGUGAGCGCCCUUGCUCCGGCGCAGCAGCCACGCGGGACGAGCACAGCCGGCUGCUUCCACCGCCGGGCGCUGCCGCGAGAAACGCAUCCUAUGCCAUUGUCUUGCGCUGCUUUUUCCUGAGCAUCUGCAUGGAGAUUGGCAACAUCCUCGUCACGGUCCCGCUGAACCAGAUCCUGGAAGCCAUCAUCUGUCGGCAGAUGGUGUCGGACCACGCAGACGGCGGCGGCGGCGUGGAUCUCGGCUGCAAGAACCCAAACGUGCAGAGGGAACUGUCCUUUAUUCGCGGCUGGCAGCUUACCUUUGAUGUCAUCCCGGGGCUCCUGACGGCUAUGCUGUACGGUCUGGCGGCCAAGAGAUACGGAAGGCAGUUUAUUUUGGCGUUGUCCAUCUUGGGUGCGGCGCUGGCCGCUGCCUUCGUCGUCUUUGUUUGCUCCUUUCCAGCUCUCUUCUCGCCGCGCCUUGUAUGGCUGUCGUCUGCAUUCACCUUCAUUGGAGGCGGCGUGCCCGUCUUCAACGCCAUGAUCUUUGCUCUACUGAGUGACGCAGUUGACGAAAGCAAACGAUCAACCACGUUCUUCUACAUGAACGCCACGCCUAUUGGCACCCAGGUGCUGGGAGGUGUCGCCGCGUUUCUGCUCAUGCGUGUGAGCCCGUGGCUGUGUAUUUACUGCGGCGCUUCUUUUUCCGCCAUGGCCACUUUGAUAGCCUUUUUGUUCCCGGCAAGUGUUCUAAGCGGCAAAUUUGUUGAGCAAGAGGUCACCGACACCGCCGAAAUACAGACACUUUGGGGGCAUCUCCAACAACUCAGAGAUGCCUUCCUGUGGUUUACACGGGAAAACUUCGUCACCAUAUCUCUGUUAUCUACCUUGCUCGUAACAACACUCGGUCGCUCUGCGCCCGACAUUCUUCUACAAUACAUUACCAAACGAUACGGAUGGACUUGGUCAGACGCUUCUUUGCUGGUAUCAAUCCACUGGUUCAUUACACUUCUUCUCCUUGCCAUCAUUCUCCCAUCAAUAACGCAAUUCCUUAUCCAAGGAAAGGGCCUGCCUUCUCAGAGAACUGAUCUACUUCUUGCCCGGAUCAGCAUUAUUGCUUCGUCCAUCGGAGCCUUUUUCAUUGGACUAUCCAGCAACAUUCCAUUUCUUACUGUCGGUCUUGGACUAUUUACGCUGAGUUACGCCUAUCCAAUGCUGGCACGAAGCUUGCUAGCAUCCGUCGUGGACAGCCGCCAUACAGAUGUCAUGUACACCACCAUUAGCAUCUUCGAAGCUCUGGGAUCCAUCAUCGCCGGGCCGCUGCUAUCGGCGUCGUUUCGUCAGGGGCUGAGUUGGGGUACGGAUUGGCUGGGGUUGCCGUUUUUACUUGCCGGCGUUCUCUUCGGGUCAGCCGUCGUUGUUCUCAGCUACGUACGCCUUGCAAGCAGUUUUGUCAGCAAUGUGUAG